UCCAAUCCAGACAACCAGCUUUACUUCACUUCUUCCCAGCCAAGUGUGUAACAUUUUUAAAAAAGAAGAAAUAUCGCUUAAGAGUCCUGCGAGCCAAGAGUAAGUCCACCUAAGCUUGCAUAUUGUCUCAUGACUAGAUUUGCUCUUGCACUGGCCUCAAGGAAUCAAGCUCGCAUUGUGUGCUCUUUGACACGUUCACACAAGAUCAACGAUCAGGAUCACACUGCAUCACAAGAAGGGCCGGCCCUUCCCCAUGAGCAUCUUCCUCGCUAUUUUGCCAAGUCUGGACCCGUGGAUGCGGAUCCUCGAAAGACAAAGAAAGAUGGAGGAGGCAAAAGGAACUGGGGCCGCUCUGGCGAUGAAGUCCAAGAUUAUGGCUACAACUUUACAAAUACACGACGUCACUCGAAUAGCAGCACUCAGGGCAUAGCAGAGUUCACGACCAAGUUCGAAGCCAUCGAGCCAGAGCCCGUAUUUGAAGACAACUUGCAUGGACCCUUAGAUGCCUCCCCCAUGAACGAAGAAAGGGUAACGAAAGUUGACAGUAUCACUAGUGCUAAUACUGAAGUUGUUGAGGGCAUUUCAAGCGCCCUCUAGCGAAACUGCGCCGAUAAACUGGGAUUCAGAUGAGGAAUUUUAUUUAUCUGAGUCAGUAUAUAGGAAUCAUGAAGGUGCUUUUAUCGGGCCUCAGGUCACCGGCUGCUUGGGCUAGGAACACGGGAGAAUGAUAUUUUGCUUGCGACAUGUACUAUCUCUGCUUAGUGUCACCUGCGCUCAAUGGAUCUAUCACACGGAGUAAUAGAUGCAGGAGCCUCGGUCUAAUGAGCUAUGGGCUCAAAACGAGCACCGCAUUGUUAAGACUUCCGUAAAAAGGUCAUAUAAUGAGAAAUAUUAUCAAAGGAUGUGAAAUUCACCGGGCAGAGCGCAAGAGGAAACGAUAGUUAU